AUGAGCCCGGUGGUCCAGUUAGCCAGACCACGCAAGUCUCCAUCGAUUCGCUCCAGCGACGAAGUCACGGCAUACGCCUACUCGACCUCACCCGUGCCGUACCGUCGGUCGCCGUGCCCCGGACUCAACGCGCUCGCCAACCACGGCCACAUCCCGCGCAGUGGCAAGAACAUCACCCACAAAACUCUGGGCGCGGCGCUCAUGUCCGUCUUCAACUUCGACAGUAACCUGACCCAGACGCUGCUGAACCAGGUGCCGACCACGUUCUCGCUCGACAUCAUCUCACGCCACAACGUGCUGGAGCACGAUGCGUCUCUAGAUUUGAUGAACCGCUCGCUUGACGGCAAGACCCUCGGUGUGACGGAGGUGGGUGAGACCCGUAAGGACCGACUGUCUGAGUGCCGGGCCAACAACCCGGAGUGCGUCUUCGGCACCAACCAGACCACGUUCUCGUACCUCGAGGCUGCUGUGUUUAUCGUCGGGUGCGGCGGUAACGUGAACGAGACCGUGACGCUGGACGCGGCGCACUCGUUCCUCGUGGACGAGCGUAUUCCUGAUGACUACAGCAAGUCGGUUGAGCCUAUUAGUCUGACCUUCAUGCGGUCUGUCAUGGCCAAACUUCUAGCGUUUGCUUAA